UGGGGGCGGAGGGCGGAGGCCGGGAGGGCGGAACAGCCGCGGAAAGUAGAUUCAGCGGCGGCGGCGACCGAGGAGGAGGCCACCGAGGCCGGCCGGGGCGACGGCGGCUCGGGCGGCUGCUCCUCUCCUUCCGCGGCGGGCUCCUCGGGCGGCGGGAGCUCAGCUCGAAGCGGCGGGUCGGGGUCGAAGGGAGCCAGCGGCGGCGGCGGCAGCGGGGCCAGCUCGGCCCGGGGGAGCCCGAGCGAGGAGGAGCAACCGCGACCGCGGCGGCGGGGGAGCCCCUGUGCCCGCACAGCGAUGGAGCGGAAGAGGUGGGAGUGCUCAGCUCUCCCCCAGGGCUGGAAAAGGGAAGAAGUGACCAGAAAGUCGGGUCUGUCAGCCGGCAAGAGUGAUGUCUAUUACUAUAGCCCAAGUGGGAAGAAGUUCCGAAGCAAACCUCAGCUAGCCCGUUACCUGGGGAGCUCCAUGGACCUGAGCACUUUUGACUUUCGAACAGGGAAAAUGCUCAUGAGUAAGAUGAACAAGAAUCGGCAGAGGAUGCGCUAUGACUGUUCUAACCAAGCCAAAGGAAAACCAGAUUUAAAUACAGCACUCCCUGUCCGGCAGACGGCAUCCAUCUUCAAACAGCCUGUUACCAAGAUUACUAACCAUCCCAGCAAUAAAGUAAAGAGCGAUCCACAGAAGGCUGUGGACCAGCCUCGACAGCUUUUUUGGGAGAAGAAACUAAGUGGAUUGAAUGCCUUUGACAUUGCAGAAGAGCUUGUGAAAACAAUGGAUCUUCCUAAAGGUUUACAAGGGGUUGGCCCAGGUUGCACUGAUGAAACCCUCCUCUCUGCCAUUGCCAGUGCUCUGCACACGAGCACAAUGCCCAUCACUGGGCAGCUCUCAGCAGCUGUCGAGAAGAACCCUGGGGUGUGGCUUAAUACCUCGCAACCACUCUGCAAAGCCUUCAUGGUGACUGAUGAAGAUAUCAGGAAACAGGAAGAACUUGUACAGCAGGUGAGAAAAAGGCUGGAGGAGGCCCUGAUGGCCGACAUGCUUGCUCACGUGGAGGAGAUUGCCAGGGAUGGGGAUGCCCCUGGAGAGAAGGGGGCUGCAGAAGAGGAGGAGGAAGAGGAGGAGGAGGAAGAGGAGCAGGACCAAGACCACGAGAUGGAGACUGUAUAGUCCAGGAAGAUCCAGCCAAGAUUGACAUGUAAAGCAGCAGCAGGGCCAGCACAACCAUUCCCAAAGCCAGGCGUGUCCAAGGACUAAACUGCAUCUACCAUACUUAGGAACAAGCUCCCUUGACCACUAGAGGAAAGAGUUGGGCAUCAGAGAGUAACUGUUUACUCUUGUGAAAGACACAUCCCCUCUUUUCCCUUCCCACAUCAAAGGUGGGGAGGAGCUACACGGGUUUGUACUAGACACACAAUCUCCCCUUCUUAUUUAGGGGUCACUGGUUCAGUAUGGUCAGUUUUCCCAGGCCUUUGGUACCUUUAACUUUUUGACCUAGGCCCAGCAUUUUCUCUCUCCUUCUGGGUCUUUUUUAAAGUGAGAGAGGUUCUUCACUGCUUGGCUUCUCCCCAGUAAGCUGCUUGAUAAUCCCCAACUCUUAAGAGCCCGUUUUCAUCUUUCGGAUUGUUGUUCCAUAUGUGAAUUCAGGUCAUUGAAUGUCAUGCCCAGAGUGAUCUCGGGGAAGGACAAGGGAGUCAAGUAAGGGUGUGACACUCUUCCAACCUGCUUUUCCCAAACCCAGUGUCAGAAUUCCUGUAUGAAAUGUUUAGAACUGAAGCUAGUAUAAACUGGGAAGAUCUGCAGGAAUCAGAUUCGCUUGUCCUGCUAAAUUUCUUCAAACUUACUCUACUUCUGUAUUGUCCUUACUUUAUUCUGCAUUGUGGAAAUAAGCCACCAACAAAGACAUGCUCCCAGAGUAGUCUGUUCCCGAGGUCCUCAGCAUCCCGUAGGUGGGGUAGCAGAAGAGAGAAGUGGUCUAUGAAAUGUUCGGUGUGAUUGCUGCAGUGAGGUUGGGGAAUGCUUCCAAGCAAAACAGAAGAUCCAGCAGUAAGAAGAGAGAGACUCGGUUCUGGUGCCAGGACUUCCUCCCCUGCAGGAGAGCAGAUGUGGAAGGCAUCGCCUUUAGUUUGUUUGCAGGACUACACAGUACAUGAAGCUGUGAUAGUCUCACCCUCAUUUUAAAAAAAGUUCACCUUUCUUUAAUAAAUUGAUAAUAUCAACUGAAUAGAAUCCUUUUUUGAACAUUUUAACCUUUUGUAUUUGCUGUGCAUUGAAGUGAACUUUGGCCUUUGUUGAAGAGAAAUGAAAUGUAGUCAAACUGCCUUAAUGGAGUUCUGAAUCCUCAGUUGGAUAUGGGAAUCUGGAACUCUUACCCCAUCUCUAUGCAGCUGCUUGAGAUCCAGAUGCAGAAGUAAUCAUAGGCACAGAUUCUCCCUCUCCUCCUUCUUCUAGCAUGAGUUGCUUAGGGGUAUGGGGAAUGACAGCCCAGACAUCUUCUGGCACACGCUUCUCACCUGUAGGCUCUGCCAUGAUCUUGUGGGCAGUUUAGAGGAGACUAUUAAUUAGAAUUACAGAGCUGGAGAACUAAAAGACCUCCUUAUUAAGAAAGUGACAAAACAGAUGUUUGGUGACGUGAAAUGAGAGGUGAGCGAGUGACUUGUCUGAGGUCACACAGCUGGUUAGUACUGAGGUGGGAAAGCUGCCUCAGGCAUAAUGGGCUGCUGUAUCAUACCCCUUAAGGGCUGUGUCAUGUGUUUCCAUCUAACAACUUAAGAUUUUUUUUUGAAAGACAUUUUCCCUGUUUAGCACUUGAGAAAGCCUUAGGCAUUUCCAGAAAGAUAUUACAGCUCUGGUGUCUAAGAACGCUAAUAUUCAACUGCCUAAAGAAAGGUUAUGCUGUUUCAAUCCCCUGCCCAUCACCUCUCAGUUCUGUGCCUCAGUGCCUUGUGAAGAAGGGCACAUUAACUACAGUGGCCGCUACUGUGGGUGGGGAUAAAGAUGUUCUUCCACAAGCCAAGCGAUUUCUUUUUCUGCUGGGACUUUACUGGCAAGAGAGAAGACUUGGAGAACGUCUGUCUUCUCUGUAGUCAGAUGACACCCGCUACAAGAUGCAAGUUCUCCCUUCCUUUUGGAAGUUUAAAUUGAAACCAGCAUUCUUCUGUCUUGGCAACAUGAAUACUCUUCUGUAGACUGCCUCGUUGCCCUACAUCCCUUUCCAGUUUCUGACACAAAAACUCAAAUGGGGAGAUCCACUCUGGAGGACAAUCUGAUGUGGCAGCCCCCAGAGGGUGAAGUCUAAGAAGGCGCCGGAAGGACAGGAGCAACGAGCCCUUUCCUUGCCUGGCCUCCUCCAGCUAGACAUGGACAAGCGUGGAACUCUCCUGGGCUGGCAUUUUCAGGAUUUUUACUGAAUGUGUAGAUGCCUGAGACAACUCCCUACCGAGGUCUACAUUCUGGGUACAAUAAAUUGUAGAUUGGACUGGACUGGACUGAGGGAGUUGUCGGCAAUUAGAGGGUAGUGUCAAUCCAGAUUUGAAUCUGCCUUUUUUUUUGAUAUUCUUCCUUGUCUUAUCUCUAGUUAUAAUCUUUUUUUUUUUUUGGCUAGUACAAGGAAAAAAAAGCCCAAGAUGAAUCUACUACGUCACUAUAAAGCAUAGUGUAUGAAAUGCCCGGGAUUCCUAGCUAUGUGCUCGUUUAUGCCGAUUUGCCAAAAAGUAGACAUUGGGAUGAGGGUAUCGUGUCCUCAUGAUGUUGAUGUUCGUGCUUCUCCCUGUGCGUUCUGAACCCUUCCUCCAUUUGUUUAUAACUGGUUGCUAUCACUGGUCAGAUCCAGCAUUUUUAAACUGCAUGACCAGUGUGGCUUGGUGAUGAGGUGUUCACCACCCAGCGUCUAACAUGCCCGUCCUACUGGGCUUAUGAAACUCAUGUGUAUUGAGGAAAGAGAGGAGAAUUCCCUCCCCAAUCCCAAACUCAUGAAAACUACAUCUAGGGAUCAUACAUUGCUCUUUGUUGUUGGAGGGUUUUCUAAUGUUCCUUCCCCCUCCACAUAAGUUGCAAUCAGUGAAUUCACAGGAAAGACAAAUUUUAAUCCCUUGUUUCCCCACCUGCCCUCCUCAGACUUGGUAACUGUGGAAUAGAGGAGUUGACUUUAAGCAUCUUGGGGGGUGGGGGAUAAAGGGAGGUUUAUCAUUUAUUUUUAUCAAAGCACAAAUGCCAAGCAGAUCCACCUGCUGCCUGAACCUCUGGGGGUGGGAUGAUCAUUGGGCCAGUUUGCCUUGUAAAUGCUUUUUAUGUCAUUAGAGUGAUAACUUUCACGGGUGUCAAACUCAUGGACUGUACAGGAAAGUUACUAUUGGGCUUUUGAUUAAACAUUAAUCCUUUUGGCCUAGAAGUCCCCAGCUUUUCACAGGCUUCCUUCCUGAGACAUGAGUCCAUUGAAAGGAAGAGCUGGUAGUGACUUGUGCCUCUAGACUGUCCAUAUGCCAUAGCCAGUGUUUGGGGCUUUGUAUUUUUACAUGGGAAUUGCCUCUCAGUUCCUUCUCUGACCCAUCUACUGACCUUUCCAGCUGUUUGGGGGCCAUUGCAGCACUGAACAUGCCUUCAAGUUUUUGCAGGGGGAAGCUCUGAGAUUGCCAUUUUGCUCCACCUCAUACCUACUAUUAUUAGUCAAAUUGACAACAGUGUUAUGGGCCUUGAAAGCUGUGUGGCUGGGGCAGCUAGGGGAUGGUGAGAAGACAUGGAAGCUGAAAGCCACUCGCUGAGCAGUCCCGGGGUGCUUCAGUGACCCCAGGGUCCCCAUGUGGGUGUGAAGUCAGCUUUCCAUCCCCUUGUUGGGAAUUUGGAGAGCUUGGUGCUGAUGUACUUAUAAAGAGGAUGAUUGUAAGCAUUUUUUCCCUUUAAUGUGUGUUUUUGUAUCUAUAAACAUUUGAAUAAAUUACCCUGGUAUGGGAAGGUGAA